UGAUGAUCUACUGUUGUAACUGGGAAAUAUUACCCCAAUCAGUCUCUUUAGGGUUUUUCAUGUAACUCAUCUGUGUUUUCUUGAUGAAAUAGCUACUAUUUCGUGCUUGAAAAUAUGUACAUGAUUAAACCAUGUAUUUUAAUUUCAGACUGUUUCCAAUUUGUAGUUGAAAAAUCUCUUGGCUUCCUGAGAUUACAGUGGCAUUGUUGUAGAUUUUUCUGGUCUUAUUUUCUCUGUCGAUUGACUGAAUCAUUUCAUGGAUGCUUUUGUACUUAGCUCGCAAGUUUUCUUCUUUUUUGUCAAUUUUCUGCCUUCCCCACUUCUCCUUCCGUUUUUUUUGGCUGUUCUUGUGUUUGUAUAUUGGGGUUAAUUGAUGCAAGGUUUUGGGGGUUGACAUUGUUGUUUAUCCUACAUUUUUAUCAUAAUUAGCCCACGAUUAAUUAUUAGCACCAUUACCUUAUGCAGAUGUGCAUGAGCAAAUAGACACAUUAUAAGGGUUACUGCUCUCCGUAGCAUUAUUCUUCCAAUCAGGUGUCGAAAUCUUGACUUGUUAGCGAUCUCUGUUUGCACUCUCUAAUUUUAUCACCCAGAAAACGUGCUAGGGUGAACAUUAACUAUAUGUUUGAAGAUGAUCCUAGUCCAAGUAGGAUUAGAGGAUUCCUAAUCCUACUAUGAUCGUGAUAUUCUAAUUCAAACCUGAUUAGAUGAACUGAAUAAAUAUGUAACAUAACUAGAGUAGCAGAAGAGAAUUUUCUGAACUGUAGAAUGAAAGAACAAAAUGGAAUUUCAAAGAGAAAAUUGCAGGUUCUGAUUUAAGAAUAGAGAGGAAUAAAACUCGAAUUUGCAAAACUGAAUAUGAUAAAACUCGGAUCUGAGAUGUUUGAUUACUAUUGUUGAAGUUGCAAACUUGUAUUAAAACUACAGAUAUAGCUGCUGGAAAUUGAAGAAAGAACUAAGAAAGAAAGACAGAAAUACAGAAAGAAAUGAUAUGAUUAGGAAUCCACCUAUCCUUUGAAUAGUAUCCACUUUUCCACUGUGGAAUCCACCUUUACAGUGCUGAAAAUCCAUCCAAUUGUUCCACGAAUCCACACGGUAAAGAAAAGCAAAGCUUCAUUCCCGAAGUAACUCAAAUCCAUAAGCCUGAGUGGCUGGUUACAUAAAGUAUAUAUAAAAUUAAAAUCUUAACAUGAUUAGAAAUAGCCUAAACCAUCCACUAUUCAAACUGGCUAUUUAAUUGUCCAAUAAAAGACUUAAAAACAUCUCCUAUUCUAACUAGGACUCCUUAAAAACAAGCAUAAACUAAAAAAAGAAAAUAACAACUCAAAGUCUAAUAAUUCUAGGAUACUAACUUAAAGUUCAGAUUCACAACAAAAAUGACCCCUAACACUAGCCCCAUGAUCUGGACUGGAAAUUUCCUAAAACCAUGGGGAGAACGGGGCAUGUUAACCCUUCCUCCUCUUCCUUGCAUCUGCACAGAGAUAGGCUGGAAAGAAGAGAAGUGGAUUUUAAUUAUUUAUGUGUUUAUUUAUUUUUAUUAUGGUUCCCUUGCCCAGGGCAUCUACCACUUUAAAGUUAGAAGGGAUACAAAUGGUUGGCUAGAUAUUGUUGAUGGCGAAUCUUCAGGUAGGAUCGACAAAAACAGACAUUGUGUGAUUAUGUGAAAUCUAACGAUGGUUCCUGACUUCAGGAUGCCAGCACUAGCCGUCUUCUCUUGGACUCCAUGUCAUUGUCUAGUGAUAUUUCCUUAUCAUGCUUGUCGGCAUCCUUGUUGUAUCUGUCAGCAUCUUUGUCGUGUUUGUCAGCUUCUCCUAACUCGUACCUGUAAAAUAAUGUUAUGGGUCAAAGCUUCUUUGUCAUCGGAAAGUUGACCAUUAAGGAGUUACCUCCUGACAUAGUGUAGGCUUGUCCUCCACAAUAUUAUGUGGAAAAAACAGAAAUAUUGCCACCAUCUGGUAGAAUUUAGAAUCUGGGAUAUUUCUUGCAAUCAUAUUAGCCUAAGAAAAUUAUGGUUGAUAAUAUAAAAUAGACAUGCCUGAGAAAGUUAAUGAUGUGGAUAGUUAAUGUUUUUUGAUAGUUUUGUUUCACUCCCAGGCCUAAGGUGCAACAGUCAAAGGCUUUACCAGUGAACCACAGUGGCACCUUCUAGUAGGACAGUUAAUGUUAUCUGUCCUGUAUGCUGUAUCUACAUAGAUACUAGUUUAUUGUAUGUGUUGUUUUGCUAAUCAUAAGGAAUUUCUAGGUGCUUUGGAUUGUGUAUUUUUCCCUUCUUUUUUUUCUCCCUUUUAAAAUAUGUCUAGUCGCAAUUAUUGACUAAUCCCUAGAUGAUCCAAAUGAGUAGUGGACUGCAUAUUUUGAUAAUAGUUAUGAGUUGCGAAACCUAUUAAUCAUGCUUAGGAAACCUUCACAAUUGGGAAAAGUAUGCUACCAUCUACUUAAAGGUACUAGAUUGUGAAUGUUUACAUAUGUUACAGGUAAUCAUAUUUGGUUAUGCAUUUACAUGUGCUCUUUGCAGGUCCUUCCAUGGAGAUCUAUGACCUCCAAGAUUGUAAUGCGCAACAUUGGAGCCCAUUACAAUGUUUACGAAGUAGUGUGUAUUUCCACCCAAGUUAUCACGACACAUGAAAAUUUUGAGGUGUUACAGAAGUUCCAUAAAAGGUUAUUGUUUCGAUGUGGUCCAAUCUGUUUAAGUUGUGGCCAUCAUCUGAAGUCCGAUCGAUCUAUUGUCUGCCUACACAAAAUCAUAAGAUGGCAUGAGAAGUUUAAACAUUAUGCUUCUGUUAUUUUUGUGCGGUUGGUCAUUGGGAUGCUCGUCACAACAGUUUCUAUAUCUGUUAGUAAGACUCCAUCUUGGGCCCUUACAGAAGAGAAUCUACUAUUCUUGGAGGCAUGGCGAACAAUUGACUGGGCAUAUGUUGAAAAAAAUUUCAAUAGUCAAAGUUGGUUUAGGUACCAAGAAAAUGGACUACGCAAUGAACCAAUGAACACAAGAGAGGAAACAUAUGCAGCAGUAAGGAAGAUGCUCGCUACACUGGAUGAUCCUUUCACUCUCUUUCUAGAGCCUGACAAAUUCAAGAGUAUAAAUCUUUUUCUUCUCAUCUUAGAUAAUGAGAUACACAUAAUAGGUGUAGGGCUAUCCAUUGGCUACCCAACUAAAUUUGAUGGGUCUACCGGACUUCUUGUAAUCUCAUCAUCUCCAGGAGGCCCUGCAAAUAGAGCUGGCAUUAUGUCUGGAGAUUUCAUUUUGGCGAUUGACGAAACAAGUACAGAAACCAUGGGCUUAUAUGCUGCAGCGGAACGCUUACAGUGAGACCUUUACUUUAACUGCUUAAUUUGUUUGAAAAUUUUUAGAGGAAACAGGGAAGUAAAUCCAGUUUUCUCUUCCCUUUCUCGGCUUCUCCCAUUGGAAAGAAAGUGGUACUUAAGAAGAAAUUAACACAAUGGGAGGAGCUUCGGUUUCUGUUGUUUCAUUCGUUUUUCUACAGGUAUGCGAGUAAAUCAGGUAUUAGGAAAAAAAUAUUGCAGACUUAACAGCCUGCCAAUUCAAACAUUCCGGCACGGUAGAUAGAAUCUUUGCAUUUGAGGGGAAGGCAGUGAAUUUUUUCAAAAAAUGUGGGGGAACUUGAUAUUUAGCUAUAGUUCAGGGGAGGGGAGCGAUAAUUCCUUAAAUUUUUAUAUGGGAGUUAUGUUUGGAUAUAAUAUUUCUUGAUCCUGCAUUUGCAGCCAUUGGAGCAGUGUAUUAUUGAAGUUCAAAUAUAGAACUAAAUGGAAAAUAACAAUGGUUUUCAACUACUAGUUGAAUUCCAAAAAUCUUGGAAGUGUUUAUUUAUCGCAUUGAAAAAACUGUAGAAAUGCUUAUCAUUGUUUGCUUUCAUUCCCAACCCCACCCCCCUCCCCAAAAAAAAAAAAAAAAAAAAAAUUUGAUGAGUUUGGUUGCAUUUCCAUUACCUUCAGAUUUUUCUACAUCAUUUAAGGUGGUGGUGGUGGUGGUGGCAUUUGUUGUCCCCCCACCUCCCACCCAAGAAAAAAAAAAAAAUCUAGUGCAUACUUUUUACUGAGUUCCACUAAACCAAACAAUAGAAUACCAUUCUCUUAGAUAUCAAUGAUGUGUUUGUUACCAUUAGGUGAACAAGGGGACUGCAAGUGCCAGUGAAAUAUUAGCUGGUGCAAUAAGCGUGCAGUGCUACUGGGAGAGCCAACAUUUGGGAAAGGAAGAUCCAGUCGGUCUUUGAGCUAUCUGAUGGCUCUGGGUUGGCUGUUACGGUAGCUCGUUAUGAGACCCCUGCACACAACGAUAUUGACAAGACCAUCCUCUACUUUGGUCAUUUCCUACAGAUGAAGAUGGAUUUUGUACCUGUCUCAAGGACCCUGACUCCGCUUGCAAUCUCAAUACAGUCGUCAAGCUAUUUUCAAGAUGACAAGGCCUUUUAGAUGUGAAUAUUAACAUUAUUUGUUCAAUUUCUGGUUGUUGCAAACCAGAAAAUUGGUUCACAUGGGUUCUGUAGUGGAGUUAGGAGAAUUUAGCUGUCCAUUUGAUUGGAAUUUAGGUAGGGUUUUCAAUCUUUUGUGUUAUACCCAUUCAUGAAAAUUAAUUUGCAGAAUUAUGUAAAUGGCGUUUCAUUGCUUUCGUUUGAAUGUAUAGUUAAUUUCCUCUUGGGAUGGAACCAGGAAGAGAAACUACUAACUUGUUUUGUGACAAUUAAUCAAGAUUUAAUUUUGGUGGAA